ACACCCCUCCCAGAACCCCUCCCCUCUUCCGACAUCCCUACACUGAGGGGCGGGGAAGAUUGGUCUUUGAGUGACCACUCGGCGCGCGUUUCCCGGAAGCGACGCUCCGCACUGGCAGAUGAAGUCUAAUGACGUAGACGUGCUCCAAUCCGAAUCCUGAGGGCGGGGCUAAAUCCUACGGCGUAAGACAGGAGAGCGCCCGCUGGAAGCACGUGACCUGGAUUUGGAGCCGGAAGCCACCUCUCUCGUAAGGAGCACCCCCCAGCACCUACGGCUGCGAUGACUUCUGCACUGACGCAGGGGCUGGAGCGAAUCCCAGACCAGCUGGGCUACCUGGUGCUGAGUGAAGGCGCAGUGCUAGCGUCAUCUGGUGAUCUAGAGAAUGACGAGCAGGCGGCCAGCGCCAUCUCUGAGCUGGUCAGCACGGCCUGUGGUUUCCGUCUGCACCACGGCAUGAACAUACCCUUCAAGCGUCUAUCUGUGGUCUUUGGAGAACACACAUUGCUGGUGACCGUGUCAGGACAGAGGGUGUUUGUGGUGAAGAGGCAGAACCGAGGCCGGGAGCCAAUUGACGUCUGAGCCUGCCAGAGGGUCAGGGCAGAAGUGGAGCCAGGUCCGCAAGCUUUUGAGGAGGAAGACACAUGCCUCCUCCACCUUUCUUGGCUUGCUGCUCCAACUAAGGCUUUUGCUCACCCACUUCUCCACCCCAUUUCCCUGCCAGGAAGAGGCCUGGGACUCUCUGCUAUGUUAAGGAGAAUGAGUUCAAGAAAACCUUUCUCUUCUCUCCCUCCCUCCUAAUAAACAUGAAUCUUAUGUUCCCAAGCCCAGGGAUGUGUCUAAUUUGGAAGGUGGGAGAGUGACACCCCAUGUCUGUGUUCACCCUCUAGAAAGUUGUGUAC